UUUUAAGGCUGUGGAGCUGGAGAUGAUCUCCCCGCGCCGCGCUGAAAAGGUUUAACCCCUCUCUCUUUGGGUGACGCUGCACUCGGCGACAUGGCGCUGCUCCGUUUGGUCAGCCUGCUGGUCUUCAUGCUGGCUCUUGGAGCCCAAGCACUGACCCCAUCACAUCAUCUGUCACCUUCUGAUGUAGACAGGCUUCAAGCAAUUUUAAGCCAGCCAUUUACAGACUUAAAAUCUGCAUAUUUCUCCAUUGUUGGCCUGAGCAAGCUGGGAGUGUCCGUGGCUGAUGCAAAUGGUGCAUGCAGCUUCAUUAAGGCAAACGUGGAUUCCUCCAGUGUUGAGUCUCUCUUUUAUGCUGCGGAGGCUAGCCAAGCAUUAGCUUCUUGUGAGAUCCAUGUGUCGAAUGAGACGCGGGAUUUACUCCAUGCUGCUGUUAGUGAGGACUCCACAGUUUCACAGAUCCAUCAGGCAGUGAGUGCUCUCAGCUCCUUCGGCCUCCCUCUGGCCUCCCAGGAGGUGGUGAGUGCCCUAAAAGCACGGAUCUCCAAGGAGGACAAUGUCCUGGCAAUCACCCUGGCUUUGCAGACAGCCUCCCGCCUCUCUCAGCAAGCUGAACUUGGAGAGAUCCUGGAGGAAAUUGAGGAUCUGGCUGCUCGGCUGGAUGACCUGGGUGGUGUCUACCUGCAGUUUGAGGAAGGUCUAGAGGCCACAGCACUAUUUGUGUCUGCAGCUUAUGCUCUUUCUGACCAUGUGGAUGUGGAGCCCCCUUUGAAAGAGGAUCAGGUGAUCCAGCUGGUGAACUCCAUCUUCAGUAAGAAGUCGUGGGACUCUUUGUCCGAGAUCUUCAGUGUGGCCAGUGCUGCUGCAGCUUUCUCCAACAACCGCUUCCAUAAGCCGGUAAUCGUCAGUGCUCUGGGCCCUGCCACAGUGUCGCACAGCCAGCCCCUCCUACAGCUCCAGGUGACAGAUGUUCUCUGCCAGCCUCUAAGCUCAGCUGAUGUGGUGGUGGAAUCUGCCAGCUCUGUGGCAUCGAAGGCUGCCAUCCUCAGCAAGACUCCAUUCACCCUGAGAGAUGGGAUUUUUGAGCUGAACUUCAUGGCUAGCAAGCCUGCUAGUGGCUACUAUCAGUUUUCUGUCGCUGUAAAAGGAGACAGCCGUUUGGUCGCAAACCAUGUUGAGCUCAAAGUAAAAGUCUCCACCAAGGUGGCCAUUAAUAACAUGGACCUGUCUGUGGUUGAUAAGGAUCAGAGCAUUGGCACCAAGACCACCAGAGUGGAGUAUCCCAGCAAGUCCAAGGCAUCCUUUGUAGCGGACAGUCACCAGAACUUUGCAAUGACCUUCCAGCUUGUAGAUGAAACCACUGGUGUGGAGCUCACACCUCACCAGACCUUUGUGAGGCUGCACAACCAAAAGACUGGUCAGGAGGUGGUCUUUGUGGCAGAACCAGACAGCAAGAACCUGUAUAAAUUUGAGCUGGACACGGCUGAGAGAAAGACUGAGUUUGACUCCAUGUCCGGCACCUAUGCACUGUAUCUGAUGGUGGGAGAUGCUACCCUGGAGAAUCCAGUCCUGUGGAAUGUGGCUGAUCUUGUUCUCAAGUUCCUUGAGGAAGAGGCUCCAUCAACUAUUCAGUCCAAGAAUCUGUAUGUUCCCAAACCAGAGAUCCAGCAUCUGUUCCGUGAGCCGGAGAAGAGGCCACCCACUGUUCUGUCCAACACCUUCACCGCCCUCAUUCUCUCCCCUUUACUACUACUGCUCAUUCUGUGGUUUAAGCUGGGUGCCAACAUUUCAAACUUCAGUUUGUCUCCCAGUUCUUUGCUGUUCCACAUCGGCCAUGCAGCUAUGCUGGGCUUGAUGUACGUAUACUGGACUCAUCUCGACAUGUUCCAGACCCUUAAGUACCUGGCCAUCAUUGGCAGCCUUACAUUCCUGGCCGGAAACCGAAUGCUGGCCCAGAAAGCAGUAAAAAGACUUGAAGGAAAAUGAUGGAAAAAACAGCCGUGAGAAGACCGGCGCUUCAUUUUUGUUUUGUUCAUGUCUUUAUUUAAGUAAAGAAAUCUGACAAGUGAAGCAUAAGUCUGGUUGAAGCUAACCGGCAUGGCAGUAACAGCUCAAGACAGUUCAUUUUGAAUAGACUGUUCAGGAAAAAAAGGCCUCCAAAUCUGAAAACAUGAAUGCAGUUUGACAUUAUCAUUACUUUUUUUUAUUAAUGGAAAAACUGAAUGCACUGUAAAAUUGAUACAUUUGUUCUGGUGGUUUUACAUGGUGUUUGCUGAUUCUGUCCAAGUGUAUUCCCAUGGGGUUCUCACAAAAAAACUGUAAAAAUUCUCCCUUUCCCUUUUUUCAGUUUUUGUUUUUCCAAACAUAACUUUUUCGGGCUUUGAAUGUUUGUAUGUCUUCCCCCCCCCCCCCCACUCUUCCAACAUAGCACAAAAGGGUUUUGUGCAUGUUGGUCAUGCCCACUCAUUCCUAAAGGUAAUAAUGUGUUGAUUUAGUCUAAAAUGUUGAUUUUUGAAAUUCAUUUGGUGCCAGUUUUACAGUCUGAACAUUCAACUCAGCAGCAAACCAACAACAUUUUUGUAAUGAAAACAAAUUAAAAACAAAAACCACCA